AUGUACUCUACCUCGUCGGUAUCAAAACGCCUCGUUUCGGUUCCUAUCUUGGCCGUGAUGGCCAUACAACUUUUCCUUAUACGCAACGUUUCGUCCUUGAACAUGACUAAUGCGUAUCUACAGCACAAAUGUUUUGUCAGUCAAGGGAAAUACAAGCCGGGAAGUGAGUACGAUAAAGGCCUCAUAGAUAUAGCCGAUAACAUCCCUUUAAACAAUAAUUUUAGCAUGGGUUUUGAAUUUAUGUCCAAUGGUGAAGGUCCUAAUUACAUCUCUAUCACCCUUCAGUGUCGUGGCGACUCCUAUGGGCCCAAAUGCCGCUCUUGCUAUUUUACUACACUCUCUGAGCUUCGUAGGAGGUGUCCGAGAUACAAAGGAGGAAUAAUAUGGUACGACCAAUGUCUUUUAGAAAUUUCUACGGUAAAAACUUUCGGGAGGAUCGAUUACGACAACAAUUUCUGUAUGUCCAAUGCGAAGAGAUUUAGUGUCCAAGGUUAUACCAACACUAAGUGGCAAGCACUCAUAAGCAAUCUGACAACUAUAGCCAUCAAUGAAAAAAACCCUUCACCGGUGUACGCGGCGGGGGAGAGGAGGAUCGGGAGGGACAAAGUGUACGGAAUGGUGCAGUGUACGCAAGACAUAUCGGCAAAGGGGUGCGUGGAGUGUCUGACACAUAAUAUGGUGCAUCUUCAGGAUUGCUUGUUUUAUAAACGAGGAGCGAGAGUUAUUGGUAGGAGCUGUAACUUUAGGUAUGAGUUUUACCCUUUUGUUGCUGUUGGUCCUAAUUAUUUGAAGACCUAA